UCGUCCUCCACCCGCUCGCCUGCUUCCUCCUAUCCACGAGCGCAGCGCAACGCAGGGGAGGAGGGGGCGGAGCCGAGCCACGGAGCAGAAGCGAGGCGCACCGCAGCAGCAGGAUGCCGACGCUGAUCCUGAGCACCAACGUGCCGGUGGACGCCGUCGUCGCCGCCGACAUCCUCAAGGACUGCUCCAAGGCAGUCGCCAGGAUCAUCGGCAAGCCCGAAUCCUACGUCAUGGUGUCCAUAAACGGGUCGGUGCCCAUGUCAUUCGCGGCGAGCGAAGAGCCAACGGCGUACGGUGAGCUCGUCUCCAUCGGCGGGAUCGGCCCCGGCGUCAACGGCAAGUUGAGCGCGGCCGUUGCUGAGAUACUGGAGACCAAGCUCUCGGUCAGCAAGUCCAGAUUCUACAUCAAAUUCGAUGAUGUGCAGCGACACAACUUUGGCUUCAACGGGUCGACAUUCUAAAGAAAACUCCAUCAGAAGAAGAUGAUUGCUGCGUCCAAACAACCACCUCAACCUGCCCACACAUACCGCCAUCAGUUCAUCAAUAAACGUGGAUGAUCAAGGGUUUCAUCACUUCAUGUGUAUCUCCUGCACCUCCAAGGGAUAUUCCGCUUGUGUGAGGCAGCACUAAUUUUAUAUGCUUUAUUUCAGCAUGCCGUCGUGCACCUCAUCCCUCAUUUCAUGAUACAUCGUUCUUCAGUAGAAUCAAUUAUCUCUUUCUGGCA